ACACCAAUCAAUCAUAUAUGUAAAUUUUGUUAUCAAACUGUGAAAUAAAUACUGCCCGAAAGUAUUUGUUAAAUAAAUUGAUUUUUUUUUAUUGAACUUGUGGAUAAAACAAUUUUCUCAUGUGUAUAGUGAAAUAAUAUCGGAAUUUGGAAUAUAAAGUGAAACAUUUGAUAUAAAGAUGGACGUGAUAACAUCCACAAGUGUCAACGGUGAUAUUCCAUCAAAACGAAUUGAAGAUCGCUUCACAGCCGCGGUGAAUGUUAUACGUGGAUUGCCAAAGAAUGGCUCGUAUCAACCAAGCAAUGAUAUGAUGUUAAGAUUCUAUUCUUAUUAUAAACAAGCAACGUUGGGUCCAUGUACACAAAAGAAACCCCCCUUCUGGGAUGUGGUGGGCAGGGCAAAAUAUGAGUCGUAUAAGAGUCUUGGGAAAAUGUCAAAGGAACGUGCAAUGGAAUUAUAUGUUGAUGAGCUGAAAAAGAUAAUCGAAACAAUGUCUUAUACGGAUAAUGUUGCUGAAUUUAUGGGAAGCAUAAAUGAAUUGGACGGCGUUGAUGUUGACGAUUUGGAAGUUGUUGCUCCGGAAGCAAUAAAAAAAGUGAAAUCACAACCGAACUCACCAUUUGCUUCGCGUGAAGCAAGUCCAAUUCGAGCAUCCGAUAGACCAUUUCGAUAUGAUUACACCAAUGGAACUUCAAACGGACAUAUGCACAAUGGUCAUUUGAAUACAGCCGAACCUUCCGAUGAUGAAUAUAUCGAUACCGUUGAGGAUGAUCCUCAAUUAAUAGAAGAACCGGUCCGUUGUUCGCGACCAGCUCGACGCAUUCGCAUUAACCAAACAGAAGUGGGCGCUUUCCAUUCCAAUGACGCUGAUAACCAUAGCACCAAUACAGUGGUUGCAAUGAAUAAUACAGUCCAGACCGUACCAACAAUCACACAAGUCUUGAAAAUGGUUGAGUCGAUGCGCAGUGACUUACAGCAAAUCCAUUCACGGAUUAAUCUAUUGGAGCGAUCUUUAUCCGAUGUGCGGAAUCAACAAUUACGGAAAAAGAUAUUGGAACUGAAGUACCCGAGAUGGUGGCCAUUUGUGGAGAUAUCGCCAACGUGGUUCGUCUUCAUGAUUCUAUGGCCAUUUAUGGCACAACGAAUAAUGCAAGCAAUUCAGCGAAAGAAAUGAUCUUAUUGCGUUGACAUCCUACACAUUCCGGACAGUUGACAUCAUUCUCAAGAGAGAUGCAAUUUUUUUUGAAAUAAUUUAUUUCAUUUCGUUUGUUUUUUUUUUUAAAUAAAAAAAAAAUUGGCUGAUAAUUUUAUAAGUUUACAUCUUCAGAUGCAAAUUGUCGAAAUGGAAUUUAAAAAUACGCUACAUUUUUUUUUGGAAAAUAGGCCACACUAUGUUUUUUAAGACAAAAGUUGCACAAUAUUUUGUUGAUUUUUUUUUGUGGGUAAUCUUUUUCACUGUUACAAUUUUAUUUUUUUUUACUUUAAUUAACAGCGUGAACCUUACUGUUGUAAAAUUUUCCACGAACUUAUUUAAACUAAUUUCUGGGAUUUAUAUUAUAAAAUAAUGUUAAUGGUUUGGCAAAUGUGAUAAUAAAACAAACGAUAAAUAUUUUGA